AUGGAUUUCGAUCAUGGAUCCCAUCGCCCUUCGAAGCGACCUCGGUUCAACCUUCCUCCACUUUCAUGGGCAGUAUCGACACAAGAGCGAUUAAAUUUGGAGUUUCCCCAGCACCCUACUGCUAAGCUAGGACUGAAUUAUGAUUCUAUAUCACUUCCGCCACCUAACAGAUUGUACGAAUCCGCUUCCAACAGCAGCCUAUCUCCUAAAAUUGGGCCAGAACUUGCGCCUUUCAGUUAUGCACAGCCGACCUACCCCCCACUGCCAGUCGAUGGUAUGAGACCGCCAGUGCCUCAACCCUACAGCCCUUACCAACCUUCUCAGGCCGAACGCUCUAUAUAUGCAUCCGGUACACGUCCCCAACUCACCAGUCCGGCCUUGGAAGAUAAUCCCGGACUCCAAUCACACAUAAGGCCUUUAUCUCAAGCGCAUUCAGCAACGCCUCCACUGCAGGACGUUACAAAUAGAACAACAUGGCCUGAACAUGAUUACAAUGCCCAAGUGAAUGUCCCGUGCAGCCCAGCUUCAAACCAGAGCGAGACGGUAUCCCACAUACCUGGUACAUGUGAGCAGUUGGGGACAGUAGAAAUUCUACCAGAGUUUCCAGUUCGUCUUAAUAGUCCAGGUAUGUUUAGUCUGGAAGGUAAAGAAGAUAUGAGCGGUCGUAUCCAGUCAGCACACAGCCAAAUGAUCCACGGCUUACUCGAAGAGCAAACCCUCGAACUUCAUGUAAACUGUGUCCUGAAUACACACUCAGCAAAGACGAAAUCAUUCCGGAAGUCCAAGUUGUUACCAUGUAUAUUAGAGAUCACUGUAUAUGGACCACUAGAUCUCUACGAUGAAAUCGGCAGUUGGUUCCAAGAAUACGAAAUUUACCUUCAGGAUCCUCGGAUAUGUCAUCUGGACGUUAGAUACUAUAACCCUCACAGACUCUCGUCGGACAACCUUGAAUCCCAUACUUUAGUUUCCGAGGUAAUAAACAAGAAUUUGGCCUUAAUACCUCUUCAGCAUGUCGUCGAGCAGACCGAUAUGCUGGAUGUUCUGAGUAAUAGUGCCGAUUUAGAAGAGACCCCACAACCAGAAGCUAUAAGAGCAACAUUGAAGAAACAUCAAAAACAAGCUCUUACAUUUAUGCUCCAUCGAGAAAAGGGUUCGAUAAACGCCGAGGGAUGUAAAGAUAUUUGGGAGACUGUCAAUAAUGACCACGGGCGAGUAUUUGUCAAUACAAUUACGAAUACCUACCAGACCGAAGAACCCCCGCAGUUCAGCGGCGGCAUCAUUGCAGACCCUAUGGGUCUCGGUAAAACAUUGAGCAUGAUUUCCUUAGUAGCUACUGACAUCGACGCCCGUUACGGGCUUAGAGCUUUGGAUACUGAGAGGGGAAUAGGCACUACACUUAUCAUCAUCCCUCCGCCACUAAUUGGUACCUGGGAGGAGCAGCUAAAUGAACACGUAUUUGGAGAUUGUUUGAAAUAUUGCCGCCACCAUGGCAAAACUAGAUUGAAAGACCUAACAGAACUUGAAAACGUGAAUGUGGUAUUAACGACAUUUCAUACCGUUUCGGCGGAGUGGAGCGCAGAUGCAAGCGCGGCCGACUCCAUCUUAUUCUCAGUUCGCUGGCGAAGGGUAAUUUUAGACGAAGCACAUUUCAUCAGAAACGGGAAUUCAAGAAUGUCCCGUGCUGUAUGCGCACUUGAGUCCGAGUGUCGAUGGGCUGUUACGGGCACUCCUAUCCAAAACCGACUUACCGAUCUGGCAACUCUCUUUAAAUUCGUUCGGGUCCACCCAUAUAGUGAUCCCAGACGGUUUGAAUCUGAUAUUUCAAAUCUUUGGAAAUCAGGAGAGGAGGAAGAAGCUGUUCGAAGACUCAAGCGUCUCUCAGCUUUCCUCUUACUCCGUAGACCUAAAGGGACCAUCAACCUUCCCGCUAGGCAAAAUCUUUUAUUACCUGUUGAUUUCAACCAUGAAGAAAGGCAGGUAUAUGACAGUAUGCGGAACCAGGUUAUCACCAGAAUCGAUGAAGCUCUGCAUGGCAUCUCCGGGGUGCCUAGGGCUAGUUCAUAUCGCAACGCACUCCAACAAAUUGAAUCAUUACGAUUAUUCUGUAACUUAGGGUUGCGAUACCACUCGAGACACAAAAGUGAUGGGGGUUUACUUCCAAGUUCAGAAGAGUGGCUCAAAGUAGCCCAACGUACCUUCGACUCCCAAAGAGAAAUAACGCCAAUAUCAUGCAGGCAAUGCUCUUCGGUGGCUGAACCAACAGCAGAAUGGUUGAAUGAGCCAAGCACAACUCGACGAAGCGCACAGUUUUUCGAAUGCUUGAAGUUUGUGUGCGGUGAUUGCAUGGAUAAACUUAACCGCAGCGGCCAUUCGAUGACUUGCGGUCAUAAUCCUUCAUGUGCUGUAGCCGCUGUUUCGACAAAUAGCACUGCUCUGGAGGAGACUCCAGAUCUUGAAGCAGCUGAAAUGGGCACGUCUUUUACUAGUCUUCCUUCGAAGAUUAAAGCUCUAGUAGCAGAUCUCAAGAAUAAACCCACUGGUGUCAAAUGUGUUAUAUUUUCUACUUGGAGACUUACCCUUGAUGUCGUCCAAGCUGGAUUGAGUAAUGCAGGAAUACGGAGCACCCGCUUCGACGGCAAAGUUCCUCAGAAGGACAGACAAUCAGUCAUAGACAAUUUCAGAGCAGAUCCGAGUGUCAGGGUAAUGCUACUCACUCUCUCUUGCGGUGCAGUUGGUCUCACCCUUACGGUAGCGUCGCGUGCGUAUCUCAUGGAACCACAUUGGAACCCAACUCUCGAAGAGCAAGCCCUGGCACGGGUUCACCGGCUCGGGCAGGAGAAGGAAGUCACAACUCAAGUUAUGCAAGUGCAAGAAUCGAAAAAGCAACUCGCUGGUGUGCUAUUAUCACCACACGACGGCAAGAACACGGACAACAGCCUCGUAGGACUGGAGAAAUUGCGCGCAUUGCUUUGA